GAGAGAGAGAGAGAGAGAGAGAGAGAGAGAGAGAGAGAGAGAGAGAGGACCGUUGCGAAAAGGGGACGAGCAGAAUGAAGAGCAAUCAAAGGCAUAUCAUUUUGCAUGAGGCGCGUGAUAACGUCCGGCCGCAGGCGCCCACAACGGUAACACGGGCAUUCGGCGAGUUUGCUUUCAGUAAAAUUGUUCGGCUGCUCAGUGAUCCCAAUCUUGUCAUUAGACGGAAGGCAGUCACGGCGGCUGUGGAGAUGCUUUCAACUGCAGAGAGCAGAGUGCACUGUCUUGAGGCAGGCAUGGCUGAUGAACUUGUAAAAUUGUUCGAUGAUGAGGAUGACUUCGUACGGGAGCACGCUGCUUUGACUUUUAUGCAUACUGCAGGUUCAGAAGCUGGUUGCCAGAGACUCAUCAAGAUUCGUGCUUUACGCGGACUUGUCAACAUGAUACCUCUAUCCUCGCCAUUUGAUGAUGCUGGAGUAGAAGUCUGCUGUGAAGAAGAAGUGUGGCAUAGGUGAUUGCUGCUGGAAUAUAUACUUCUUGGAGAGAAUACUUCGCGGCGAGAUACUGGGGUGACAGGUGAAUGGGGCUCCAUAAUUUUGGCAACGUGUUUAAACUCUCGACUGCAAUUUUCAGAAGACACGAUGAUACACGAGUCUCAGUUCACCGAGUUCAGCAAAUUUCUAUACUAGCUAGUGUGUGAAUCACAUCGAUUUUUGAUUCCUGAUUUUGCAGAUUGGCUUCCCUAAUUUCGGUAACUCGUUGGAUCCCCUGAGUAAGCAGCGGUUGCGAGACUGUAUGGGGAUUGCAAUCUUUGGUGGGGAAAUUUGGCUUGGCUAAAGGGAAAACAAAGACAUAUUCCCUGC